UGUUUCUGAGAUGAAAUACAUGAAGCCUUUUCUUUCAGAAAUCCCCGGGAAUUACAGUUGGUACUCCCUGCAAUGCCGGUAUUCAAAGGUCAAAAUGAAGGCAAAAAACGUGAAGAAAGCCGAAUGCUGCAAGCCAACAACAGGGAAUUCAACAGUAAAUUUGGGUAUCCGGACAAUACCAUCAAUACCUCAAAAUACAAUAUCUUCAACUUCCUGCCCUUGAACUUGUUUGAACAGUUCCAGAGACUUGCAAAUGCUUAUUUCCUCUUUUUGCUGUGCCUACAGUUGAUUCCGCAGAUCUCCUCCUUGCCAUGGUUUUCCACGGUGAUACCCCUGAUAGUGGUGCUGUCCAUCACAGGCGUGAAAGACGCCAACGAUGACCUGAAAAGGCACAAGUCUGACAGACAAGUAAACAACCGUCGUGUUCAGCUCUUGGUUAAUGGCAGGGUAAAGGAAGACAGAUGGAUGAACAUCCAAGUGGGAGAUAUAGUAAAACUAGAAAACAAUCACCCUGUCAUGGCAGAUGUACUAUUACUCUCUAGCAGUGAGCCCUACAGUGUGGCUUACGUAGAAACUACAGAACUUGAUGGCGAAACCAACUUGAAAGUGAAGCAGGCCAUCUCAAUCACCAGUGAAAUGGAAGAUAACCUGGAGCUGCUAUCUGCUUUUGAUGGAGAAGUAAGGUGUGCCCCUCCCAAUAACAGGUUGGACAAAUUCACAGGCAUAUUGACAUAUAAGGACAAUAAGUACCUCCUGGACUAUGACAAACUGCUGCUCCGAGGCUGCACCAUCAGGAACACAGACUGGUGUUACGGCUUGGUGAUUUAUACCGGGCCAGACACCAAACUGAUGCAGAACAGUGGAAAAUCCACCUUCAAGCGGACGCACAUAGACCAUCUCAUGAAUGUCUUUGUGAUCUGGAUUUUCAUGCUUUUAGGCAGCGUGUGUUUAUUCCUAGCAAUUGGACAUGGCAUUUGGGAAUACAGGAAAGGUUUCUACUUCCAGACUUUCAUGCCGUGGGAAAAAUAUGUCUCUUCAUCAUUACUCUCGGCCACCCUCGUAUUCUGGUCCUAUUUCAUUAUUCUCAACACCGUCGUGCCCAUUUCCCUCUAUGUCAGUGUUGAGAUAAUAAGAUUGGGCAACAGUUGCUAUAUCAACUGGGAUCAGAAGAUGUAUUACGCACCAAGGAACACACGAGCACAGGCUCGCACCAGCACCCUUAACGAAGAGCUUGGUCAAGUCAAAUAUGUGUUCUCUGACAAAACAGGGACCCUGACGCAGAACAUCAUGAUUUUUAAAAGGUGUUCUAUUAAUGGGACGUUCUAUGGUACUGUCAUUGACAAUAAUGGAUGGAGAAUGGAAAGCUCUGAGAACACAGAAAAAGUUGACUUCUCCUACAACAAACUGGCCGAUCCGAAGUUUGUGUUUUAUGACAAGUCACUGGUUGAAGCAGUCAAAAGUAGAGAUCGCUGGGUGCACUUAUUUUUCCUCUCCCUUGCGUUGUGCCACACCGUGAUGUCAGAGGAGAGAGUGGAGGGCGAGCUGGUGUACCAGGCCCAGUCCCCUGACGAAGGUGCCCUGGUCACUGCUGCCAGGAGCUUUGGCUAUGUGUUUCGCUCCCGGACGUCUGAGACGAUCCUGGUGGUCGAAAUGGGGCAAGUCAAGGUCUACAAACUGCUGGCUAUUUUGGACUUCAACAAUAUACGCAAGCGGAUGUCUGUCAUCGUGAAGACACCAGAAAACCGGGUGAUGCUGUUCUGCAAGGGCGCCGACACCGUCCUCAGCCAGCUGCUGCAUCCAUCCUGCAGCUCCCUCACGGAGACCACCAUGGACCAUCUGGAUGACUUUGCCAGUGAAGGCCUUCGCACACUCAUGGUGGCCUACCGAGAGAUAGACUCUGGAGACUUCAAGGAAUGGAGCAGAAAGCAUAGUGAAGCCUGCCUGUCUUUAGAGCACCGAGAUGACAAGCUAGCAAGUGUCUAUGAAGAAAUCGAACAAGACUUGCUGCUGUUAGGGGCCACAGCCAUAGAAGACAAACUGCAGAACAGAGUACCUGAAACAAUCAACACCUUGAACAAAGCCAAAAUUAAAGUGUGGGUUUUAACCGGAGACAAGGAAGAGACGGCUGUGAACAUUGCCUACUCCUGCAACAUAUUUGAUGAAAAAAUGGAUGGGGUGUUCAUCGUGGAGGGCAUAGAGCGCCAGACUCUGAGGAAAGAACUCAGGUCAGCAAGAUCCCAGAUUAACCCUGCGUCUCUGCUGAAAACAGAUCUGGGAAACAUUUCUUCUACCCAAAAGCCCUUCAAACUCCCUGAGGAGAAGCCCAAAGGAAGCUAUGGCUUGAUCAUCAAUGGGCACACGAUGGCAUGCGCGCUGGAAGAGAACCUGGAGCUGGAGCUGCUGCGGACUGCGUGCUUGUGCAAGGCGGUGGUCUGCUGCCGGAUGACGCCCCUGCAAAAGGCCCAGGUGGUAAACCUGGUGAAGAAAUACAAGAAGGGGGUGACCCUGGCCAUCGGGGAUGGGGCCAAUGAUGUCAGCAUGAUCAAAGCCGCCCACGUUGGGGUCGGCAUCAGCGGCCAGGAAGGGGUGCAGGCCAUGAUCAACAGCGACUUCAGCUUCUGCCAGUUCCACUUCCUCGAGCGCCUGCUCUUUGUCCACGGUCGCUGGUCCUAUAACCGCAUGUGCAAGUUCCUCAGCUACUUCUUUUACAAGAACUUUGCUUUCACCCUGGUGCACAUCUGGUAUGCCUUCUACAAUGGCUUCUCUGCACAGGCAGUUUAUGAUAACUGGUUCAUCACCUUCUACAACCUGUUCUACACUGCCCUUCCUGUCCUGGCCCUGAGUCUGUUUGAUCAGGACGUGAGUGAAACAUGGAGCCUAUAUUUCCCAGAGCUGUAUGAGCCAGGCCAGACCAACCUCUACUUCAACAGGACGACAUUUGUGAACUGUUUAUUGCACGGGAUCUACACCUCCUUGGUGCUGUUCUUUGUCCCCAUGUUGACCACUUACCACGCAGUGCGCGAUGACGGGAAAGCAAUCGCCGACUACCAGUCCUUCUCCAUCACGGUGCAGACCUCCUUGAUCUUUGUGGUCACCAUGCAGGUUGCCCUGAAGACAGCCUACUGGACAAGCAUAAGCCACCUCUUCACCUGGGGUAGCCUGACCUUCUACUUCUGCGUCAUCUUCUUCCUGUAUAGUGAUAACCUGUGCCUGAUGUUCCCCAACACCUUCCAGUUCCUAGGAGUGGCCAGGCACACCCUAAGGCAGCCGCAAGCGUGGCUCAGCAUUGUCCUCACCGUCACCCUCUGUAUGGUGCCCGUGAUCACGUACCAAUUUCUCAGACCCCUGUUCUGGCCUCUCAAAGUGGACAAGGCGGUAUCCAGAAUCCGGGAAUGCAUGAGGCAGCGUCCCACGCCAUUGGCAGCCCCGGCCAGAAGGAAGCACGUGAAGCCUCGACGCUCCGCCUACGCUUUCUCCCACAAGCAGGGCUUUGGGGCUCUCAUCACUUCCGGCAGGACCCUGAAGUCCAAGUCAUCCAGGAAAAGCAUCCAGAGCCAGAAAAAAAGGAAGGGCGCCAGAGAACCCCCAAAGGAGCCCGUCAUCGGGUUCGUGCCCUUGGUGCAUGCAAUGUAGUCAGGAGGGCGUGGAGGCCCAGAAGAAGCAGGCCGAUGCUUCUCUCUACAGGGGUUCAGCCUCUGGGCCCCUGGAGGAAAGAAGAGAAAAGGUAAAGAGAGAGCCGGCAGAGGUCCGCCAGUGUUUGAGCAUUUCAAGAAAAAGCUGCCUCCUGCCUCCCUUCCACCAAGCCUUCCCAGUUUUAAUCCAGAUAAGCACAUGUGGAAGUUGAGGAUGGAAAGGGAUCAGGCGGGCAAGGACAAAGACCCUCAGAAUCCUAGUUGGACCUGAUUGCCCAUCUCCAGGCAAUCACAGACUUUCCCAGGGCCCCCACCCUUAUGUACUCCCACCCAAGCCCCCUUCUCAGAUCUCUCAGGGCAUUCGGGGUGAGUCUGACACCGGCCCUGAGGAACAACAGGGGAAGGCCACAAUGAAUUGUUCUUAAGAAGCUGAAGGAGAAUUUCUGGAGUUUAAAUAAAAAUGGAGGUAAUUCCUGCCUGAACAGGACAGCUCAGGGUUUUGCUUCCUUCCCUUCUUUUGGGCCCCCAAACUGUCAUCUAUCCAAGACUCAGAACAGGAGGGGAAGACGACAAGGGAUUAAGAAAAAAUCUUUAUUAAGGGAUGUAAGUCAUAA